UAUUGGAAGUUCUGAGUGGGAUUUGACGGGUUUCGAAUUGCCCCGGAAUCCCUCCUUUCUCUGGAAUACGAUACAUUGUUAUGACCAUUGUUUUUAAUGGAAGAUGAGUGAAAGUGAAAACCUAACUAAAGAAGAAAUACUUAAAGAACUGUGUUUAUGCAAUGGUUUAUCUUACGAGAUGCUCGAACAAGAAGGAUCAGAAACUACAAAACUGGAAAUGUUUUUCUCAGGAUAUCCUCGUAUCGUUGGAUUAUCAUUAUUUUGUAAUCUAACAAGUCUCACAAUUAUAGCUCAAGAUAUAAAAGAAAUGUCAGGAUUAGAGACUUGCGUACUGCUUAAAGAACUUUGGAUUGCUGAAUGCUUCAUAGAGAAAAUUCAAGGUCUUCAAGGAUGUAGAAACUUGGAAAAACUAUAUUUAUAUUAUAAUAAAAUUUCCCAAAUAGAAAAUUUAGAGAAAUUAGUCAAAUUGGAAGUUCUCUGGCUAAACCACAAUGCAAUUAGAAGUAUUGAGGGCUUGCAAAUGUUGAAGAAGUUAAAUGAUCUCAACCUUGCUGGAAAUCAAAUAAGUAGCAUUGGUCGAUGCCUUGACCCCAUUGAACUACUGGAAAGACUAAACCUUUCUGGUAACCAGUUAUGUUCUUUCAAGGAUCUCACUAACUUAACCAGGCUGCCACACUUAAAGGAUUUAUCACUGAAUGAUCCUCAGUAUAAAACCAAUCCAGUUUGUCUACUGUGCAAUUAUUCCAUACACAUAUUGUAUCAUUUGCCUUACCUUCAGAGACUUGAUACAUUUGAUGUGUCAUCAAAGCAAAUCAAGGAGCUGGCAGAUGCCACAACAAUGAAAAAAUUAAUGUAUUACAAUAUGCGCAUAAAGACUGUGCAGAGACAUCUUAAUGAAGAGCUUGAAAAACUGAAUGACCGAAAAUGCAAAUUACAAAAGUUGCCAGAAGAACGAAUAAAAUUAUUCAGAUUCACUAGGAAAAAUUUGGAACAAGAGCUGGCUGAACUUAAGAGAUGUGGCAAAGGACACAGUGAGAGAUCUAGUAACAGUAAAGUAUCUGAACUUGAACAAUCGAAGACCUGUGAAGCAUUCACAGAAGAACCAAACUUUCAACAGAAGAUACUGCUAAAACUAAAAGCCUUGAAUGAAAGGGUAGCAUUCUGGACCAAAAAAAUGGAUGAAAUUGAAGAAAUGUAUCAUAUUGAAGUAAAGAAAAAGAAGAAAAGUUAUGGUUUAUUGAUCCCCUGUUUGUUAAUUGAGUUGGAGACUGUGGGAAAUAUUCAUUUUGAAGAAGGCAAUCAAUCUGAUGACUGGUUCAACUCCUGCCAUGAAUUAAUGCUGUCGCGUUUUUGCUCCUGGGACUUCAGAAUGUACGGCAUCACAGGAGUGAAAGUAAAACGUGUCAUUAAAGUGAACAACCGUAUUCUUCGUCUAAAAUUCGAAGAGAAAUUCCAAAAGUUUUUGGACAGUGAAGAUAUACACGAUUCAGAGAGCCACCGAAAGACGAUGGAAUGCCUGUUUUAUAUUUUUGAGCCUGACAUCAUCAUGAAGAGAAAACAUCUACUGCACGUUCUUGAAGAGGGGUUCCAAGAGGAGGAAGCCAGCAAGCUGCCUCUCAAAAAAGAAGCUGUGAUUCUCACUAAUAGCCUAAGUCUGUGUGAGUGUCCCAGAGUUGAUUUUUUACAAUACAAGGAUGAGAAGAAAAGCUCUUUGGAUCCUGAGCUCUUCAGACAUGGUAUCCUCCUCAUUACAAAGGUUUUCCUUGGUCAUAGUGUUCAGGCUAUGGAGGUGGACAACAUCUGUCAAGACAACUAUCCAAUGGUUAAUUCCGUGUUCAUUCCUCGGAAAUAUUUACUAAAUUCUAUUGAACAAAAGCACUGUGACUGCAGCCUUCGGCAGUGCAAGUGGUUUGUCUUUGAUCACGACUUUGUUUUGCCGGAAUACAUCGUUGAAUUUGAGUUCCUUACAAUGGUCAAGGCUCAAUCUUUAUUUUCUUCAUUCAACAAUAUUCUAGAAGAAAGCAAAAAACAGUAUGAAGGAUCAGUUUUAUCCUAUGAGUUGAAACUGGAUGAAGAAGUUAUGAAAAUGGAGCCCUUGAUCAAGCCUAGACCGAAACUUACUACUUUGGAUGAAAAAACAAUACUUUCGAUUGCCAGAGCUCACGUUUACAGUCAUAUUGUGAGCCUGAAUCUACAUGGAAACAGCCUGAGUAAACUGAGAGAACUCUCCAAGUUAACGGGUCUUCGAAAACUUAAUAUCAGCUUUAAUGAAUUUACUUGUUUAGAUGAUGUAUAUCACUUGCAUAACUUGGAGUAUUUGGAUGCGAGCCAUAAUAACGUGAUAACCCUGGAGGGGUUUAGAGGUCUGAUGAAACUGAAACACUUAGAUCUGAGCUGGAAUCAACUGAAGAAAUCUGGUGAUGACAUAAAUACGUUAUGCAAGCAAACCACAAGCCUCCUCACGCUUGAUAUUCAUCAUAAUCCAUGGCAAAAGCCAGCCACAUUGAGGCUGAGUGUUGUUGGCAGAUUAAAGACUCUUACUCAUUUAGAUGGAAUCCCCAUUUCUGAAGAAGAAUCAUCUGCAGCAAUGAAAUUUAUUGCCGGAACAAAGAUUACUCAGUUAUCUCUUUUACAACAUUCUAGUACAAAAGAGGAGAGGCCUCGGGUGCUCAGCACAUGGCCUUUUGCCAAAACAUUGACCCAGAUUUCAAAGUCAGGACCAUAUUCACAUCUGAAUGGAAACUGGCAUUUGAAGAUAACUGCCCUAAAUUUAGAUGGACAACAUCUCUUUGAAAUCACAAAUUUAGAGAAACUGGUAAAUCUGAAAUGGGCAUCGUUCAGUAACAAUAAUCUCACAAAAAUGGAAGGCUUGGAUUCCUGUAUUAAUUUGGAAGAGCUUACAUUCGAUGGAAACUGUAUCUCAAAGAUAGAAGGUAUCUCAAAACUGACUAAAUUAACCCGCUUCAGCAUUAAUAAUAAUCUUCUCACUGGUUUGGAGAAGCAUACAUUUGAUAACCUGCUUCAUCUGCAUUCCCUUUCUCUUGAGAACAACAGAAUCACUUCAUUAAGUGGUUUACAAAAAGCUUUUACUCUAAUUGAAUUAUACAUAAGCAAUAACUACAUUGCUCUCAACCAGGAGAUCUACAAUUUAAAGAGCUUAUGCAACCUGGUCAUUCUAGACAUGUAUGGAAAUCUUUUCGUUUGGAAUCAAGAAAAUUAUCGAUUAUUCGUAAUAUUUCAUCUUCCAGAACUGAAAGCUUUGGAUGGAAUUUCAAUUGAGCCACCGGAGAUUGAGAGUGCGAGAGAUUUGUUUGGUGGCAGACUUACUUCUGACAUGAUUGCAGAAAGACAGGGAAAUUCAGACUUCACCCAAAUGCAUGAACUAAACUGGACUUCAUCAUCUAUCAGAACUGUGGACUUGGUUCCAGUGGAUCAAUUCAGAAGUGUGCGGAAUGUGAAUCUACAAAACAACAAUCUUACUUCAUUCAGUGGAUUGAUUUAUCUGCCUAACGUGAAGGUAUUAUGCCUCAAUUAUAAUCACAUUGAAUCAAUCGUGCCCAGACUAAAGCCUCAGACCCACUUAACCAACAGACAACUACUCUACCAAAAAGUGCCCUCGAGUGGCUAUGGACAGCAAGGAACUUCAAAAAUAAACAGAGAGACAGUGGUCUUUGAAAAUUUGCCUCCAAUCAUGCACAGUUUAGAAGUCCUUCAUUUGGGUUACAAUGGAAUUUGUAAUUUAAUUCAGCUACAACUUAACAGACUAACAAAUUUAAAGUACCUCUUUCUACAAGGGAAUGAAAUCAGCCAGGUUGAAGGGCUUGACAAUUUAGCAGUCCUUCAGGAAUUGAUAGUGGAUCAUAACCGUAUCAGAACAUUUCAUGACAGUGCCUUUGCUAAACCAAGCUCUCUGUUGGCACUUCACCUGGAGGAGAACAGACUGCGAGAGCUGAGCAAAUUACAGCCUUUGCUAAAACUCGAGAAACUCUUCCUAGGAUUUAACAAAGUCCAGGAUAUGGCAGAACUGGAAAGACUUGAUGUCCUCUCUUCUCUCAGAGAGCUUACAGUUUAUGGUAAUCCAAUUUGUAGAAAAGUGCUACACCGCCACAUGCUCAUAUUUCGACUGCCAAAUUUACAGAUAUUAGAUGGGCUUCCUGUGAAUGCAGAUGAUAGGGCAAAGGCAGAAUUUCACUUCACUGAACUACAGACAAAGAAAAAUCUGCUUAUUCCUGUUGCCAACACGCCGGUAGAUGGUGGAUCUUAUGGCCAAGCGAAAGCUCCUCCUAUAAAGAUAACAAAUGUAAUUCUGCUUGGUGGAAAUAACCACAACUUGGGAUCUGACCUUACUUCUGAAGUUGAAGACAAAAAAACCAAGAAUGCAGUGAAUCUGACAAAUAACACCCGAAGCUUCCAUACAGAACCAGCUUUUCGGCAACUAAGAGGGACAAAUCUUUCCCAAUCUCUUUUAUCACAACAGAAUGUCACAUCUCUAACUGCGCAAACACACCAGAGUAACCAAGAAGAAGGGAGAAUGCCUGUUAACAACCUUCCCAGGUCAAAUCGAAUGUAACUGCUUAAGGAGAAAUGAUGAUACAGCAAGAGAUCUAUUUCUCUUUAGUAGUUGUACAAAAACCGGUAGAGAGUAGUGGGUGAAAAAAAUAUGAAUAUGAUAAUCCUGUUACUAAAGCAUUUCUGUUCCAUUAUCACCCCUGGUGAAUUCUACCUCAAAUCACUCCUUUAUUGCUUUCUUUAUGGUUAUUCUAGUUUUUCUUUGGAUGUCUAUGCUAGAGAGAAUCAUGAACUAGGAUUAUAGCAACCAUCAGUUUGAAAAGGUAAAAGUGGCAUGCAACCAAGUCCAGAGAACUAAAUCCUUCCUCCCAGUAAUGGAAAGAUUUAUUCAUAAAAUAUCACUAUGGCCAGCAUAAGAAGAUAUUAAGAAAAAGUAACAAUAAGCAUAUUUCAUAUAAUGCCUCUUCAUUUGGGGUUAUAAAAAAAUAAAGCAUGUAGUUCUUACCAAAAACAGCUCUCACAAAAGCAAGAUUUUUGUUAGUUUAACUAAAGAUUACAGUUUUCACCUUCUACUUACAAAAUAUAUAUCCUCCAACAAGGCUGCUCCCCAAAUUGUUUAGAGAUGUAAAUUGUGGCCUUUAAUAGUAGCUCCUGAAUUUGACCACUCCGUCACUCAGAUUCCAAGAAAAGAGGAAAAAGAAUAAUUUCAUAUCCAAAUUCCUGUUGUAUAUAUUAUGCCCACAGUGAUCCUAAAGCAAAGAUAUAUUUAACCUGAGUGUAGAAAUUUUAAUUUUUGACCUUUAAUAGUAGUAUUUUACUUAAAAUAGUUUUUCUAAACUAUUAUACUGAAUAGUAAG